AAAGAAGACUGUAGAAAUUUGCCACCUUAUAACACUUUAAACUUCACCGAGCAGCAGCAUCGCAGGAGGGAACUGCGACCUGCACUGGGUUUGCACUCUGGGGCUGAUAACAGUGACAGCUUCGUGGCUUUACCCAGUAACUGACACGAUCUUGGACUGGUAACAGCUGGGUUUCCUCCAUCCAUUCACCCCCUACUCUCUCCAGCUGCCAAGCCCUGUCUCUACUAAAAUUACUGCAAUCCUUACACACAGCCUAACCUUUUCUGCAUGUUUGUGAAAUUCUCUGCCAAAUGUCUGACUCUUGCCAGUUGAGCUGAAGGAGGUUUCCGCCUUGUCGGGUUGUGAACUUGCUCAACCUUCGUCUUUCCAAGGUGAAAGCAUGAUUGUGACUCAAAAACAAAACAAGCCCUCAAAGAAUGUCCCCAUUCUUUAAAGCUGAAAUUAGGUGAGAAGCACCAAGGAGCCUGACUGCUCCUUUUCACCUGCUGAGAGCCUUUUGCGAGCUAUUUGUUGUGAAGUACCGAGGACAAGGUGGAAUUCCCUUUGUGUCUUCUAACUAACCUGGUUUGUAUGGGUGGAAUGUUUGGGAGUGGUUUCUCCUCGCUUUUGUUUGGUUGGGAAUGACGUCUGGUCAGCAUUGUUAACUCUGAUGUUGUCUCUUUUCCCUUCCUUUCUGCCCUCUGCUGCUUUCAUUCUGUAGUAUUGGUAUUUGCCAUUCAUUUCACCUUCUGCAUCUAUGCAUCUCAUGAACUCAGAGCUCUUCACGCUGACCUAUGGUGCUCUGGUCACCCAGCUCUGCAAGGACUACGAGAACGACGAGGAUGUCAACAAGCAGCUGGACAAAAUGGGUUACAACAUUGGAGUUCGGCUCAUAGAGGACUUCCUGGCCCGCUCCAACGUUGGGAGGUGCCAUGAUUUCCGUGAGACUGCGGAUGUCAUCUCAAAGAUAGCAUUUAAAAUGUACCUGGGCAUCACUCCAAGCAUCACCAACUGGAGUCCUGGAGGCGAUGAGUUCUCCCUGAUCUUGGAAAAUAACCCCUUGGUGGACUUCGUGGAGCUCCCUGACAACCACUCUUCUCUCAUCUACUCCAACUUGUUGUGUGGAGUGCUGCGAGGUGCCCUGGAAAUGGUUCAGAUGGCUGUGGAUGUGAAGUUUGUCCAGGACACGCUGAAGGGUGACAGCGUCACCGAGAUCCGGAUGAAGUUCAUCAGGCGGAUCGAAGACAAUCUCCCAGCUGGUGAAGAGUGACCCUCGGCCCAGUCUUCCUUUGGGACUGGAGGGGACCAGCUGGGUUUGGCCAUUAGCUUUUGUCACAGAUCUGUAGGGAUCUAGUGCCCCUCUAUGUGCAGAUGGACUCACCACUGACUGUUUAAGAUGUUACUAUAUUCUAUUCUUCUACUCUUCCUUCCAUCUUCUGCAGAGGACGAUUGUCUGGUCGCCGUUUAUUCCACAGGGUCAUCCUGAAGCAUUUUCGUGGGUUGAUGUCUUUUCAUACUCCCCUGGGGACUCUUUCUAUGCUUAAGUUUCUAAUUGUGGUGUUUGCUUGUGCAACAGCUACUGCUCAAAUCUGCAUCCAAGUUCUACUACCAGAGUUGGAGACUGAGCUGUAAGAGCCCACUCAUUCACUGUUAAACGCUGUCCUUAAAAGAAGGGUUAGAAUUCAUUCCAAGAUCAGCACGUGGUACUUCUGUAGCCCAAGCUGGCUUCCUGCAUUUUGUUCUGGAGUUACUGGUAAAACACAUGCCUGGUACAAAGGGGUGCUGUGGGAGAGCUGGCAGUGUGUGGGAAGCUCCUUUUUUCUCUGGGAGCAGCAGCAUCACACAGCACUGGCGGGUUCUAGAGGUUCAUGGCGCCUCAGCCUUUGUGGUGUCUCUUCCCCAUCCAUCUCUUAACUCCUUUCCUGGAAGAGCAGCACCAUCACAGUGGAGAAAAGGAGAAAGGGGCUGAAACGCCACUGGUAUUUGCAGUCUCUGCACAGCCCAGUCGCUGCCUGGCAAGUCCAGGAAUGAAAGAAAGAAAGCCCAAACUGAAGCUCUCAACUGCUUUCAGCAGGGCGAGUCUGUUCUCCUGUUACCCUGUGUAAACACUGCUGGGUGAGGAGGUGGUGCUGGGGCUGGAUCCUCACAGAUGUUUAGGCUACCACAGAAUUUCCCCUGUUAGUUGAGUUGGCAGAGCCUGGGCGGGCUGGAGCACCUGCUGCUCUGUAAAACAAACACGAGGGUAGUGUGGGAGCUCAGAGAGUGAGAGAUUGGAAAAUCAACUUCCUCUGCCACCCUGCUCAGCCAGAAGGGCAGCUCUCCACUCACUUUACAUACCAUGAAGGCAGAUCCACCGGGAACAAAGAGCUUACAGCUGAUGCUGGCUCUUUCAAGGAGCUGGUGGCUCAAACAGCCUUUGUGGGUUUGUGCCUGAGUGUAAGGUGAGAGGGAGGAAACUACCACCUCUGCUGCCAUUCACUCGGCUCCUCCAGCUCAACACUGGGUCACUUGGGUGCUGCACAGCUCACUCCAUCCCAUUUUGUGGCCAAAUGAGUCCCUUUGGUGGGAGGUCUGCCCUGCAAAAGAGCAGUAAGUUGCUGUACAAGCAGUUGGAGAGUAAUACUGGGGCAGGGAGUGGCUGAUGGCUUGAGAGGCAAAGCUGCCAGCGUUGCGUUGCAGAGAUCAAAAAAAUCCUUUCCCCCCAUCAUUGUUGACCAUUCUAAGUCAUUUUAAGGCUGCAUUUUGAAAGCAACUGCAUUAAAAGAAUCUCGGUGUCA